AUGAAAUCCAGAUUUUCAACACAAAGCUUAGAAUUAGCCCAGUCAGUUGAAAGCUUUUUAGAACUUGAUUAUGAAAAAAGUUCCUGUUUUAUUAAUAGUUAUAAGUCUUUAUUUAAUAUAGAUGAAGAUGCAUUAAAGUGUGAACUAAAAGUAGCAAAAAAGUGUUUGGUAAAUGCUCAAAAUUCAGACAAAUCCAUAAGCUGUAUGAAUGUUGAAGAAAAAACACAAUCUCAACUGUUAAAAUCAGUUGUACAACAAGAAGUUUAUCCAAAUGUUUAUUCAUUGUUAAAGACUGCAUUUGCUAUACCCAUAAGCUCAGCUACGUGUGAGCGAUCUUUUUCUUGUAUGAGGAGAAUUAAGUCAUACAUUAGGUCAACUAUGACCCAAAACAGAUUUAGUGAUCUGGCUAUACUUAAUAUAGAAAGAGAACUAUCUAAUGUAAUAAACGAUGAUGAUAUUUUAAAACUGUUUUCAUCAAAAUAUAGGCGUAUACAGUUAUAA